AUGGUUUGUUUGUUUGCAGGCAGCGUGCUGUCAGGCUCCAUAGACUGUCAGGAGGCUGAGCGAGGCUGUGUACAGGAUCAGGACUGUACAGCAGUGUACAGGGUGCUGGAGUACUGUGCUGCCGAGGAGGCCGUGUCGCCCCUGGGCCCAGACGCCCGGGGGGAGUGUCUGGAGGCCCAGAGCGCCCUGCAGCAGUACCGCCCCCUCCAGGCCUGCAAGUGCCAGCGCGGCUCCCGCCGGGAGGAGCUGUGCCUCAAGGUCUACUGGACCGUCAGAUUCGCUGUGUAUGAUGAGUACGAGGUGUCUCCGUAUGAGGAUCUGGAGGUGGAGUUUGUGAGGCACAUAGAGAUGUCACGCAUGGCCUCCAUCAUGGCAGCCUCCUCUCUUCCUCUGGAUGGGCAGAACCAGUGUCUGAAAGCAGCCCAGGACUGUGGUCUGUAUGAGAAGUGUGGUUCUCUGAGGUCGGAGUAUGUUGUGGCCUGCACCAAGCGGGCUCCGGGCUCCGACGGCAGCUGUAACAGACAGAAGUGCCACCGGGCGCUGCGGCGCUUCCUGGAGCGGGUACCAGAGGAGUACAGCUUCGCCCUGCUAUUCUGUCCCUGCUCUGAUGCCCUCUGUGGGGAGCGCCGGCGGAAGACCAUUGUACCGUCGUGUUCCUAUGAGGAGAGAGACAGCAAACCCAACUGCCUCAGCCUGCAGGGCUACUGUGCCAGGGAUGAGCUGUGUAGAUCUCGUCUGGCUGAUUUCCAGCACAACUGCCAGCCCUCGUCACAUUCUCCCUCUGGCUGCAUGAGAGAGAGUGGAGCCGUCUGCCUUAAGGCCUACGCCGGGCUCAUAGGCACCAUCAUGACCCCUAACUAUGCCAACAAUCUCAGUAUGGACGUGUCCCAGUGGUGCACCUGUGAGGGAAGUGGGAACCAAUGGCAGGACUGUCUGCGCAUCAUGAACAUGUUCCACAGAAACGUCUGUCUGCGUAAUGCUAUCAGUUAUUUGGGUGGCUCUUCCCCUCGCCCUGUGGAGAGCACGACCCUGCCCCCUCGUCACCACGCAUCAGCCACCCCCUCUCCACGCAUCUUUCAGGACAAGGACAAGAUCAAUGUCAACGUUAACAUUUUAUCAGAACGCAACAGUGUGAGUGUGGAGGACAGUGAGGAAGAGGAGGUAGAGGAGGAAAGCCAGGAAUUCAAUGUUAUCCCACUGUAUUCUGAGAAGGAGAAGUCUAGUGUGGGCUCCGGGACCCGAGGAGGCCGUAGAGGAGCGGCAAGCCACACAGCACCCAUGCUGCCCCUGCUGCUGCUGCCUGCUGCUAUGCUGGGCUGGUGGUGUCCGGUAUAA